GGUCCCCUCGGCGUUGCUUUCGGUCCUCCUCCUGCUUCUCGUCCGCUGGCAGCAAGGAGGGCGCCCUGGGAGGCGGCAUCCUUUCCGGAGGCGGAGCGGUGAGACGGAGGGAGGCAGGGGCUUGCCUCUCGGCUGCGCGACCCCCGCUCACUCCAGAGAGCCCCCAGCGCUGCAGGGAGAUGGGCUGCGGCAACUCCACCGCCACCAGCGCCGGCAGCAGAGAUACUGCAGGAACAGCAAUAGAUGUAACAGAAGAGUCAGUGUCAGAAGAUGACAAGAGGAGGAACUAUGGAGGUGUUUAUGUGGGUCUCCCAGCUGAUGCGGCUACCAAGAUUUCCACCCAGUCAAAGACGGCGUCUCAAGUUAUCUGCGUAGACCAUUCUUCGCAAUGGAAUUCAGAGCUGCCUUUCGGCUGAAGAUUGCAUAGCCAGAAGCAUGAAGCCACCAAAAAGCUUCUUGGCAGUGAAAGUUACAACGGCCGAUCAAGAAGCUGGAUGCUCAAAAUGGAACCGAAGCGUAGGACUGUGAUUUAUGGAUCUUUUUGAUGUCCUCCGGUCAGCGUUAACUAACAGAUAUAUGAUGGGUAUUUCUGCACAAAAAGCUGACGCUGUUGAUCGCCAGCACUUUGGCCGUACUACAGAGUCUACGGAUGACAAUAGGUCUGUUUUUUCAUUUGGCUACUUUUGAUAGCUUUUAUAUAACAAGACCAUUACUGCUGUUCACGCAAGUGUUCCUAGGCUAAGGUUAGUGCAAAUGAACUAUUGAUUUACUCCAGAGUAAUAUAUUUGAGUAAUAUAUGCAGGCUACUGCUGUGGGAAAUAGGAGUUAGGUACCAAUAGGCAUUGUCAGCUAUUUCUAAUUACAACCUACUUUUAUACUGUUAACCUGCCACUGAUGUUGACAUGUCACUUUUUAGAAGUGUAGGAAUUGUUCGGGAAAAAUUAUUUUGCCAGAAAUCUAUUCAAUGAGUUUCCAGCCUACUUACUACCUACUAACGAACUGUCAUUUAUUUCAGUGAGAUGCUAACUUGCCUGCCUCCCUUUCUUUAUUUUGUUUUAGUGGCUGAAAAUAACCUCUACUUUUACCAAACAAUCAUGUGUUGUGUCUUUCAUUUUGCAUACAGAUAAUAAUGAUAUAUGUAAAUUAAUUUUUUUAAAAAUGAACAGAAGACAAUGGCAGGAAGGAGCUUGCAAGUGCUGCAGCCAGGCAAAUGCUACUCAUUUCUUGCAAUGAAUUUCCAUGUAAGUCCCAUUCAACUAAAUGGCACCUGUUCAGCCACAGUCCUUGAUGGACCGUAUUCAGUGCAAAGCUUUAUAGAGACGAUCAAACCUCGAGUUCUGUACACCUCUUAAAUCUGGACAUGUUCUGAUCAGCAUCAGAGUUGGUAUCUUAAUCUUGUUAAUGGCAACAUUUCAUUAUGUGAAACUUCAUCCCAACAUUUCAUUCCAACCUCUGCCUUUUAUAUACCAUCCCGUUAAAUGUUUUCAGACACAGUUAACUUCAUACUGGUGAUCUUUCAGUGUAGCACCACUCAGUGUUUCUGCAUGGCUGAAUAUGAUGUAUUAAAUUAUUGAAGCAUUUUUGCAUAACUCUUGUGCUGUCCUUUCUGUUUUGAAGAUGGCACCUGCCCCACCAGCUCACUCCCAUCAUUCAUGGUGAUUCUGAAAUGAUCUGAUGGACUGCAGUGCUGUGGACCACUUAGUGAAUCAUGAGCACAUACACAGGGCAGGAGUCUAAAGAGAUUUAGCUGUAGGGCCACUGUAUGACGCUAAUAGGUGUUGCACAUUAUAGGCAACUGCCUUAAACCAAGCCAUCUAUUCCAGUGUUGUCUAUUCUGACUGGCAACAGCUUUCCAGGCUCUCAGGGAAUUAAGUCUUCCAUGUGGCAGUUUAUUGUGGACUCAGUUCUGCUCAUGCAUACAAUUUCCCCCCAUAGCAUCCACACAACAUCCUCAUAAAAAUGCCACCCCAUAUCCCUCCCCACUCAGGAGCGAUUGUGUCAACAGCCUGAGCCAUUUGGAUGUUCCAGAGGUCGACCAGGGCUUUGACAGGAGCGCCAGUCAUAUCAGCACCCUUAGCAAACCACAAUUCCCAGGGUUAUUUUGAGGAAGCCAUGACUGUUUAAAGUGGCAUGGCACUGUUUUAAAUGUAUUAUACAGAUGGGGCCUUAUUAAUUGUAAGUGCAGUCUGGUCAUAAAUUGCCAGGAUGAAAUAACUUUUGCUGUUUUGUGAAAAAGGCUGCUGUGGAAUGUCAGGCGAAAGGAAGCCUUUAACCAGGGGCUUCUCUCUUAAAGGGAGAUUCUCUCACACCAGGGAGCAGAACAUGCCAGUCAUAAAUCCUGCAUUUCCAGUGUUGUGGAGAAUUUGUCUUCUGCACUUUCCCAUACAUUUUUACUAUCUAGAUAACACUUGCUUUUAGGGAGACACCAAAGAAGAUCUCAGUGUACAAAGAAUAUAUGAUUUACAGAAAUACAGAAGCAAUGUCAUAUUUUAAGUAGUAAAGUGCUUUACAAGGGAGGCCAAACUCUCUAAGGCAGACAGUCCUUUGUUUCCCAGUCAUACUUUCUGUGGUGCAAAGAGGAAGUUUAAUCCUAGUUAUAGGUUCUGGAACAAGGAUUAUGUUAGAAAUGCCAGAAUAUGCAAUGUUCUUUGAAGGCUUAUGGUCUAAAGUGCCACCUCUAAUGCAACUCUCUGUCUCUUGUUAACCACUGUUCACUUUCAAUGUUGUCUUUGAAUUUCUGUCAAAUAAGGAAUCCUUUUUUUCCUGCUC